AUGGCGCCAACGGAUUGCAGAACAGUGAGACGCUUUAAUUGGUGCUUAGAGGUUUUGUUGCGCAUUUGCGCAGCUGGUGUUGAGUGGUAUGUCAAUGUUAGUAAAGUUAUGCCAAUAGAUGGUGAUCGACCAACUAAAAGCUGCACACCGAAACGGUUAUCCGGCUAUAUCAACAGGGUACCACAUUUUGUCCUUUUUUUAUUAAGCGAAAUAAUUAUGGGGAAUAUUACCAUUAAGGUCAAAAUCGAACAACGCACCAUUGGUGGUCCAUGUAGACGUCGUUACUGGUUUGUGUUAUCGGACGACUCACCCUACUUGUACUGGUACAAAAAUAAAGGUGACAUUAAUUGUACUGGACGAGUUCCGCUUUCCGGAGCUGCUUUUACUUUUGAUCCUCGUGAAACUGGCCAAUUUGAAAUACAUGUAAAUAAUGAGAUACAUAUUCUCGAAACGGCUGAUAAUAAGUCACGUGUUCAAUGGUUGCAACAGCUUCAGAGCAAUCGUCGUCGAUAUUAUGAAAAGGAAAAUAUUGACAAUAUAUUGAAGAUUGAAAUCGUAUCUCUUUCUUCACACUCGCUUUCGGGAAAUGAUCAGUAUGCGGAGAGUUCCUCGAAUACUGAAAUGAAUUUAGAACAGGGUGAGGAUAUAGUGGUGAUAGAUGGACCUCCAGAUGAAAAAUCACUUGAAGAUGAAAUUAAUGAUGCCACCCAAUCUACAUUUUAUCUUAAUUCGGAUGGGGAACUGAAUGCAAAAAGUUUAGAGAUGCCAAUUCCAAUCCGUCCCAGUACAGAUAUUUUGAGAAGUGCUGAGGAACUGAUUGAAAAAAUAACUGAAGAAACUCAGACAAAAGCGAAAGUACUUGAACAACCAGCGAAAAAGGUGAUAGGCAAAGCGAAAGCUUCUUUGCGACUUUCUACUCCGCCACGACACUCUUGUGAACAGUGCAAAGCUUUGCUUGGUAUUGUAAAUGAACUCAAAGAUCGUUGUUAUGAGCUUACUGACGAAGUAGGAGCUAAUCAAGAUUUGGUUACAAUUCUACGGCAGAGUUUGCUCAAAUCAAAUCGUCAAAUAGAAUUAAUAAAACGUAUGGAAGAACAGAGAAGCCCUCAAGAGAGAAUCGAUAUGAUCCUUGAGAAGGAAAGCGAGCUUACAGCAUUGAAGCUGAAUGCAGCAUCCUACAGUCGUGAAAUUCGGAUUUUAAAAGAACAAAAUAAACAAUAUGAACAAAGAAUUGAAGAACUAAAUGUUGAAAUUGAUGCGUUUCGUGAGUCGGUACGUUCAAAAGAAGAGCUUAUAAUGAAGAUUUAUAGUGAGCAGGGAGGAAAUGAUGUUUUGGAUCAUUUAGAUGGCGUGAUUAAUGAUGUUGAAGUGCCCGAAGGGAUAUUAGUUGACUUCGGUAGUAGCUCAACUGAUGAAAAUGCGCAACGAGUGUUUGACGAAGCAGCUGUCAAUGAUGUAACAGAAAUGCGAGACCUUGUUAUGGGAUAUCGAAAUCAAAAUAUGUUCUUGAAUCAGGAGGUUCUCGAGCUUCAAAAAAUUGUACAGAGUUUGGAAGACAGGGAGCGUCGAAUUACUCGACAAAACUUUGACAUUGAGGCUUGUUAUUACCAACUUAAAAGUCGGUACAUCAUGGUACUGAACCAUUUCAGGGCGUCAAAAAAUGACAGUAGAGUUCUGGAGCCAGGAGUAAUCGAGGCUUUGAUUGACGAAACAAACUGGACUACAAACAAAAAAACGUUAAACAACGACAAAAUAGAAACAAGACUUACUGACUCUCUUGGAUUUUAUUUGAAUGACGACAGAAAGCGUCAUGAAUUGCGGCCCACUGACAUGUUUGAAGUUGCUGCUGAAUUAAAAAGUAUAAGUGACGAGAUUGUUGGUCAGCGAGAAAUGGAACAGAAUCCGCAGUACAUAGACUGGCUACAAAAGUGGGAUAGUUUCUUGGUGAAUUCUGCAGUACGUCCUCUGAAACCCACUAAUGAGUUAAAGAAUUUGGUGAGAACGGGUAUACCAAAAACAUAUCGACCGAGAGUGUGGAAAAGUCUUGUUAAUUACGUAGUGGGCGAUGAAAAGGCCGAUCUCGGCAAUGGUUAUUAUGAGACACUUCUUCGGAAGGUGAAUACUGCUAGCAUUAAUACUAUCGAAAAUGAUAGCGCUUUGAAACAGAUAGAUUUGGAUUUGGCUCGAACUUUACCCACAAACAAGUUUUUUGACGAGCCAAAAUCGGAAAAAAUUGUUGUUUUACGUCGCGUGCUCUGUGCAUAUCGUUUUCAUAAUAAGUCUGUUGGGUAUUGCCAGGGCUUAAAUCGUCUGGCUGCUGUUGCUUUACUGUUUCUCGAAGAAUCUGACGCUUUUUGGUUUUUGGUAGCUUGCAUCGAGCAUCUCCAACCCACUGCAUAUUAUACUUCUACUUUACUUUGUGCCGUUGCCGAUCAAAAGGUGUUACGUGAUCUGGUUAGCGAAAAACUCCCGAAAUUAUCAUCUCAUUUGCGCAAAUUUGAGGUGGACUUGUCAGCUUUCACUCUUAGUUGGUUUCUUACAUGUUUUGUUGACGUGUUUCCGCAUACUAUUUAUUUGAAUUUAUUCGACGUUUUCCUCUAUGAAGGAAAUAAGGUUCUUUUCCGAUUUGCCCUUGGAGUGUUGAAACUUGCCGAAACAUCAGUGUUGGAAUGUAAAUCUGUCGGAGCUGUGCAUGCCUCACUAAGUAGAGUAGCACAACAUGUUCCCAAUUUCAAGACCUUGGCGCAGGUUGCUUUUAACGAUUUAAAUCCUUUUCCACAAAAAAGUAUAGAAAUGAAAAGACAAUUUUAUCUCAGCCAAUUAACAGGAUGCCAUCGAUAUUCCCAUCAUAAAUUGGAGGCAGUUAACGGAAACGAUAUCUCAGUGGCAAUUAAAUUGACAGAACUGCUAAAUAUGACGUUUCCCGGUUAUGCAUUUAGUGCUGCGACAUCAUCAACAGCUUGGCCAGUGUUACUACCGCCAUUUCAACCUAUACCGCCAUAUGAUCUUGCUCGAAAUGAUACAGGUCUUGACUGUACAAGUGGUCAAAAACUUUAUGAGCAGCAUGCCUAUCUAACAUCAUAUUCGAGUGGUGCUAUCGAUGAUGGAAGUAAACGAAAGCAGCGUCGUAAUCGGACAAUAUUUAACCAGCAACAACUAAACGAACUUGAAGCAGCUUUUCGCAAAUCGCACUAUCCUGACGUAUUCGCACGCGAAGAGCUUGCUACAAAGAUAAAUUUACCAGAGGCCAGAGUACAGGUAUGGUUUCAAAAUCGUAGGGCGAAAUGGCGAAAAACAAAGCGUAAUGAUCAGAAACUGAAUCGCUGCAAUGGUCAGCAUGGAACUGUUGUAUCUGAUGCACAGCUGAGCAAAUCAGACUUGAUUUCAUCAUUAGCUUCAUCUCCCCCUUCGUUAACAACAGCUUUAAGCCAGUUUUGCUCCAUCAGAACAUUAACAAGACCAUAG